AUGCAAAACCUAAUUGAUAACGAUGAAGAUAUUAAUAGCAAUGAGCGAAAAUUCGAAAGAGGUGUCUUAGUGUUUGCUGGAGCAGUUACGAUAGAUUUCUGCGUGUGGUCUCCAGAACAUUCGACAUACGACUUCGACAAGCUAGCUAGAAUAAUGUAUCUUUACGAUCCUCUUGCCUGUGGUUACAAUCUUCGAGCUUCGAGAUCUAUAUGGAAUCUACAAUUUAGUAAUAAUACUCUUGGACUGAACAUACUGCCUAUUGAAUGGAUGCCGGCAGUUGUGACUGUAUCUACUAAAUUAUCUGCAAAAACUAGAAAAUACGUUAAGCUAAGCGUCAUCGUGCAUGUAUUUUGGCUGUUAGUAGCAAUUGCCUUGAGAAUAUUUAGAUCAACAACCAAAUUAAAUUUCCUCAAAAUACUUCUGGGCUCUAUGUUCUAUAUGAGUGUAUUUGUAAUAGUUUUUGAUUUGUCAAUGGCAAUCGUUUACAUUGCACAUAUUCAACAAAGCCUGACCAAAGGAAUGAUACUUAGAUAUAGCGGUUGGAGUGUGGACAUGAAGAUUAAACAUUACGACGAUUUCGGCGGCUGGCUUCCAAUCAUCGCUUGUACAUGUUGGUUAAGAGGAGGUUUUGGUCUCGCUCUCAAUAUUUAUUGCUGCAGAAUUUUACAUUUAAUAAGACGUCGAAUAAAGAAAAGUGAAGUAAGAACUAGAUUGAUAUUGCACGAAAAUUUUCCGAUUCCAGAACCAAAAUAUGAGGAACCGCUUGAUAAUAAAGUACUUUAUUAUAGAACGGGAGAAUUUAAGCCUCAGCCCAAGCAAAUCUAUAAAUCUAUAUUCUUUUUUUAAAAACUUAUUAAGCGCCAAUUUUU